AUGUUAUUCCCUUCUUUUCAUCUGAUACCUAAGUAUUCUGAGUUUAAUGAUCUUUCUUUUCUUUUUCAUUGUUCUUCCGGCUACGUCCUUUCUGCUCAACUUGAAGAGCGGCCAUUUGCAAAUUGGAUCGGCAAUUUCUUUCUUUUGUCCUCCUUUCUUUUCUUUCUUUUCCUGUCUUUCUUUUUCUUUCUUUUUCCUUUCUUUCUUUCCUUUCCCUUCCUGUCUUUCUUUUUCUUUCUUUCUUUCCUUCCCCUUUCUGUCUUUCUUUUUCUUUCUUUUUCCAUUUCUUUUCCCUUCCUGUCUUCCUUUUUCCUUUCUUUCUCUCCUUUCUUUUCCUGUCUUUCUUUUUCCUUUCUUUCUUUCCUUCUCCUUCUUGUCUUUCUUUUUCUUUCUUUUACCAUUCCUUUCACUUCUCGUCUUUCUUUCUUUCCUUUCCCUUCCUGUCUUUCUCUUUCCUUUCUUUCUUUCCUUCCCCUUUCUGUCUUUCUUUUUCUUUCUUUUCCCAUUCCUUCCCCUUCCUGUCUGUCUUUUUCUUUCUUUUCCCUUUCUUAUAUCUUUCUUUCCUUUUCCUUCCUAAUUUUUAAUUAUCCUUUUCUUUCCGGUUUCUCUUUUUUUAGACAUUUUUUCCUUUCUUCCGGUUUUCUUUUUUCUGUGCUUUUCUUUAAAUUUCUUUAUUUGCGUUUUUCUUUUCUCCAUUUUGUUUCUUAA